AUGUCAUCCGCGGCCGGCCCCGCGCGCGCAAUGCGUCCCGCCACCGCCGCUGCCGCCUCGUCAUCCGCCGCCGCCGCCGCGCACAAGACGCCGGACAAGGGGUCCUCUUUUACCGCCGAGAUGCGCGACCGGCAAGCCCGCGGCAAGGACCCGUACACCAAGGACCACGACGAGGAAGAAGAGGAAGAAGAGGAGGAGGAGGAUGACGACAUGGAUAUUGAUGAGGAGGAAGAGGAAGAGGAUGAUGACGAUGAUGGGGUAGAGAUGCAGAUUGGCAACGUACCAAAGAAUGAAACCUUUGAGGAGCGCCAGAGCAGGCAGUUUGCGCUGGCGGUGCUGGACAGCCCGGAGCAGCUGAUGAUGUACGCCCAGAGCACCAACGAUGGGCGGUGGCAGAGCAUACCGGGGCAGAGAUAUCGGUUCAUGACGACGCUGUGCGGCUUCAGCGGCGAGGAGGGCUCGGUGCCGGCGGCGCAGCAGCAGCAGCCGGCCAGGACAGCGCGGCGACGGUGA